AUGCGUGCGUUUUUGGGGCCUGAGAUGGGCUGGGGGACCACUACUAGGAAGCGCCGCGCCCAGGCCAAAGGAUGGGACAUUUCCCUACUGGUUGCAAAGAGGGUGAGAUGGAAGAAGGGCGUUCUCCUAGGAGAAACAAUCAUCAUAUCUGAUCGGCAGGUGCUUGAUGAUGUUUGCAAUGGGUUUGAGAUCCUCCCAUCACCGCCGAGGCAGGACACCGGUAAUAACGCCGUGAUUAACGCUCUGUACAAUACUUCAAUGAAUAUAAUGGAUAAGCUUGAUGGGCUGGCACCGAGUGCUUGGCCUGAAGCCUUGGAUGACUAUCACCGUGAAGGUUUGAUCAACAAGACGAGUACAUGCACUAAUUGCCCAGGCAGCCAGGUAUUGGACAAGGUGAGGAAGCUAGACGUCCUGUUCUGGGCAAUGUGUCUACCGUUGCUGUUGGCGGGAAUCCUUGGUGGCGACAAUACCAUACACAAGGGCGCGGGUACUGGGAGCAUUGCCGUUUUGCAAUUUUGCUUCGUAAGACCAGGUCGUCAAAGAGAGGCAUUGAUGAGGAGGAAACCCAAGGCCAGACAGCCAGAUCAGGGAGGCCUUGACGUGGGCCAUCGGACUAUCAAACUCGAAUGGAGAGACAUGCCUGACUCUUUGGUAAGGCAGCUAGGGCGGGCACGUUCCAGCAAAGCCCGACGGCCUGAGCGCCGACAUUAUUGCCUGGCUAGCCCGGUCAAUUGA